GGUUGGUAGAUGCAAACUAUUACAUUUAGAAUGGAUAAACAAUAAGGUCCUAAUGUAUAGCACAGGGAACUAUAUUCAAUAACCUGGGAUAAACCAUAAUGGAAAAGAGUAUAAAAAAGAAUGCGUAUGUGUGUAUAACUGAGUCACUGUGCUGUGCAGUAGAGAUUGCCCCAACGUUGUAAAUCAACUCUACUUCAAUUUAAAAAAAAAACAAACGUUCAGUGGUAGAGGGCAUGGUGGUGCCCUUCCAUGGUGGAAGCACUGCAAGUUGGAGUCUUCCCUCGGAUGUCUAGUGGUCCUUGGUUGUCCUUUCAGGGUUAAGAACAGGGGACUAAAAAGCUGAUUGGAAGCUGGCUGACUUGCAGAUCCACACUGGCGGACCUAAACAAGCCGUUUGGAAACCAUUUGGGCUCUGGUGUCAGUAUCUGUACGCUUAGGCCUUUCUUCUUGCACUGGUAAGAUUCCCCAGAGAAGAAGGUAAGGUCUGGCUGCCACUAUUCUAGGAGCCCAGUGGGGGACUAGCCUGGGGGACUCAACCUCAGCGUUGAAAAUAACCUGCAUCUCCUUGGUUUUUGUUUAUUACUCUUGCUGUCAAGGGUGCUUGUCGACUCUCUGCGCAAAGACCCUCUGUUUUGUGCUCUCUGGAGAGUAAAGCUCAGACUUCUGGGGGAGGUGGAUUUAGGGAUCUUACUUCUUUCAUUCGAUCCUUUUUAUUUUCACACAUGCAUCCUCUUCACCCCUGGUCCCAGAGAUACAUGGUGCUAUCAUGCCAUGUGUCUUUAAAGGACUCUGUUAUAAAUCACUUGUCAUGUGCUGUCUGAAAUUUGCCUGCCACAAAUCUGCUUUCCAGACCCCCACAUCUUGUUGGUGGUGUCUCCUCUCUGUUCAACCCAAUCUUGUGACUUUAUGUCUUCUUUAUUUUAUUUUUUUUUGGCUGCACCAUGUGGCAUGCGGGAUCUUAGUUCCCCAACCAGGGUUCGAACCCGUGCGCCCUGCAGUGGGAGCAUGGAGUCUUAACCACUGGACCACCAAGGAAGUCCCUUUAUGUCUUCUUUAAAAAAAUCUUUCUACUACAUUGGAUUUAGAAGGUAGCACCCUUGGGUGUGUAGAAUCAAAAUCCCAUUCCUUUUCCACAGCAGUUUUGUAACUGGAGCGGUGAGGAUGGUGACCAUGUCAGUCGCGAUACCAAGACAUUUUCAUGAUAGGAUUCCUCAAAACAACUUUUUUUAAGUUGUUCUAAAAUUAUUCAUGGCCACUGUGGAUGUUAGCAGUAUGAAGGAGAAACUAAAAGCUGCCUGUUGUGGGGGUAGGGCUCUUGGCAAGGGUUUUUAUUUGGUGGUGGUUUUGUGGUGCAGCCCUUGGCAUGCGUGAGGAGGACGCUUUGGUGCCAGGAGCAGCAGGGCCGUCAUGUCACGGUAGACACACGCUGCUGUGUUGGGACCGUGGGCCCAAGAGCAGGUCUCUUCCCUCGGCAGGACUGCUUGGGAGAAGAAGGAAGCUUCUAAGGACGGGCGGGAAGCGCUGUGUUCAGGCCUAGAACUUGGCCACCACGGUGGGCUCUGGAGCUGUGCAGUGCAUGGCCUGCCCAGCCAUGUGCUGGAUGGUCUUAGACGAUGCUGGGUGGCUUUGAGGGACACUUACUGACAAGGCUGUUCCAUUGAGUUACACAAAGGAACCGAAAGACUGACCCAGGUCAGCUGUGUUUGCUGUGAGACAGCGUGCAGCUCAUGUCGGAGGGGUGAGCAGAGGAAGGGGCGGAGGAAAGAGCCUUUCCUUUCCUUUCCGGGGUGUUUGCCGUCGGGGUCAACACCCUGCAAUGUUCUCCGUUUCCCUCCUGCUUCCUUCCUCUUGUCACUAGCCGCCAGAGGUUCUCUGAAAGCUUUUUCUUACAGAAGCCCCUGGAUGUUUCUAGGCCUCAGGGCAGCAUUGAGACACAUACCCGGGAGAGGGCUGUCUGCCCCUGACGUACUCUGUGCCUGGCUCGGACUCCAUUCUAGGGCUCUCGGGGCUCCUGGAGAUGGCCCAGCCUCGUAGGAUCCUGCCCUUUGCCUUUGGGGCCUCAACAGCCUGGCAGGGCAGGGCUAGGAGACGUUCUCGAAGAUCAUCUAGUCGACCUCUUCCAUUUUAUGGAUGAGGAAGCUAAGGGCCAGAGAAGUUCUUCCCGGGUUCAGUGUUCUUCCCAGCCUACCCUGCCUCUCUCAGCUUGCCCAUCCUUUGGAAGAUUUUGAUGUGGUGGGUGAUCGGGGAUCUGUGCUAACAGACAAGGGGUGGGUUUGAGGGGGACUCGCGGGCUGGCUGAUGACGGUCAGAAGCCUUGUGGAGUUCUGGGUUGGCCCGGUUGUCUGAUGGGCUCUCGGGGUUGUUUCUGUGGGGUGGUGUAAGCUGGGGGACGGAGCUUCAUAGAGACGCCCUCAGAGCCCUAGAGUCAGAGAUCUGGAUUCAAGCCUCUGCCCUGAUACUGAAACACGGGUGGAGCCACGGGAAGCCCAGCCCCACAGACAGCCUGAGGCCGCGUUUCACCCUCGGCGCCGGGAUCUAUGUUUAAGUUUUAACUCUUGCUUACCAAGACCACGAUAAUUCCUUCCCCAGAGGCCAGCAGCCCCCCAGCCCCGCGCAGCCCCAGCCUGCCUCCCACCGCCCAGCUGCCCGCGAUGCCCGCCAGCGGCCCCGGGGACGCCAGCGGCCCCGCUCCGGAGCGGGGGGAGGAGGAGCGCAAGGAGGGAGAGGAGCAGGAGGAGGCUCGUGGCAAGGAGGAGCGGCAGGAGCCCAGCACAACUGCCCGGAAGGUGGGGCGGCCCGGGAGGAAGCGCAAGCACCCUCCGGUGGAAAGCAGUGACACGCCGAAGGACCCCGCCGUGACCUCCAAGUCCCCGUCCAUGGCCCAAGACUCAGGCCCCUCAGAGCUGUUACCCAACGGGGACUUGGAGAAGCGGAGUGAGCCCCAGCCAGAGGAGGGGAGCCCCGCUGGGGGGCAGAAGGGCGGGGCCCCAGCAGAGGGAGAGGGUGCAGCUGAGACCCCGCCCGAAGCCUCCAGAGCCGUGGAGAAUGGCUGCUGCACCCCCAAGGAUGGCCGGGGAGCCCCUGCAGAAGAGGGCAAAGAACAGAAGGAGACCAACAUCGAAUCCAUGAAAAUGGAGGGCUCCCGGGGCCGGCUGCGGGGUGGCCUGGGCUGGGAGUCCAGCCUCCGCCAGCGGCCCAUGCCGCGGCUCACCUUCCAGGCGGGGGACCCCUACUACAUCAGCAAGCGCAAGCGGGACGAGUGGCUGGCACGCUGGAAAAGGGAGGCUGAGAAGAAAGCCAAGGUGAUUGCAGUAAUGAAUGCUGUCGAAGAAAACCAGGGGUCCACCGAGUCUCAGAAGGUGGAGGAGGCCAGUCCUCCUGCUGUGCAGCAGCCCACCGACCCCGCAUCCCCCACUGUGGCCACCACGCCUGAGCCCGUGGGGGCUGACGCUGGGGACAAGAACGCCGCCAAAGCAGCUGAUGAUGAACCGGAGUACGAGGACGGCCGGGGCUUUGGCAUUGGGGAGCUGGUGUGGGGGAAACUGCGGGGCUUCUCCUGGUGGCCAGGCCGCAUUGUGUCUUGGUGGAUGACGGGCCGGAGCCGAGCAGCAGAAGGCACCCGUUGGGUCAUGUGGUUCGGAGAUGGCAAGUUCUCAGUGGUGUGUGUGGAGAAGCUGAUGCCGCUGAGCUCCUUCUGCAGCGCCUUCCACCAGGCCACCUACAACAAGCAGCCCAUGUACCGCAAGGCCAUCUACGAAGUACUGCAGGUGGCCAGCAGCCGAGCGGGGAAGCUGUUCCCGAUGUGCCACGACAGCGACGAGAGCGACACUGCCAAGGCCGUGGAGGUGCAGAACAAACAGAUGAUCGAAUGGGCCCUGGGAGGGUUCCAGCCCUCUGGCCCCAAGGGCCUGGAGCCCCCAGAAGAGGAGAAGAACCCCUACAAAGAAGUUUACACAGACAUGUGGGUUGAACCCGAGGCAGCUGCCUAUGCACCGCCCCCACCAGCCAAAAAGCCCCGAAAGAGCACAACUGAAAAGCCCAAGGUCAAGGAGAUAAUUGAUGAACGCACAAGAGAGCGGCUGGUGUACGAGGUGCGGCAGAAGUGCCGGAACAUCGAGGACAUUUGCAUCUCUUGUGGAAGCCUCAACGUCACCCUGGAACACCCUCUUUUCAUCGGAGGAAUGUGCCAAAACUGCAAGAACUGCUUCCUGGAGUGCGCAUACCAGUAUGAUGAUGACGGCUAUCAGUCCUACUGCACCAUCUGCUGCGGGGGGCGCGAGGUGCUCAUGUGCGGGAACAACAAUUGCUGCAGGUGCUUUUGCGUUGAAUGUGUGGAUCUCUUGGUGGGGCCGGGAGCUGCGCAGGCAGCCAUUAAGGAAGACCCCUGGAACUGCUACAUGUGCGGGCACAAGGGCACCUACGGGCUGCUGCGGCGGCGAGAAGACUGGCCCUCUCGGCUCCAGAUGUUCUUCGCCAAUAACCACGACCAGGAAUUCGACCCUCCGAAGGUUUACCCACCUGUCCCAGCCGAGAAGAGGAAGCCUAUCCGGGUGCUGUCCCUGUUUGACGGAAUCGCUACAGGGCUUCUGGUGCUGAAGGACUUGGGCAUUCAGGUGGAUCGCUACAUCGCUUCCGAGGUGUGCGAGGACUCCAUCACGGUGGGCAUGGUGCGGCACCAGGGGAAGAUCAUGUACGUCGGGGACGUCCGCAGCGUCACGCAGAAGCAUAUCCAGGAGUGGGGCCCGUUCGAUCUGGUGAUUGGGGGCAGUCCCUGCAAUGAUCUCUCCAUCGUCAACCCUGCCCGCAAGGGACUCUACGAGGGCACUGGCCGGCUCUUCUUUGAGUUCUACCGCCUCCUGCAUGAUGCGCGGCCCAAGGAGGGAGAUGAUCGCCCCUUCUUCUGGCUCUUUGAGAAUGUGGUGGCCAUGGGCGUUAGUGACAAGAGGGACAUCUCGCGAUUUCUCGAGUCCAACCCUGUGAUGAUUGAUGCCAAAGAAGUGUCGGCUGCACACAGGGCCCGCUACUUCUGGGGGAACCUUCCCGGUAUGAACAGGCCGUUGGCAUCCACUGUGAAUGAUAAGCUGGAGCUGCAGGAGUGUCUGGAGCACGGCAGGAUAGCCAAGUUCAGCAAAGUGAGGACCAUUACUACUAGGUCGAACUCCAUAAAGCAGGGCAAAGACCAGCAUUUCCCCGUCUUCAUGAAUGAGAAAGAGGACAUCUUAUGGUGCACUGAAAUGGAAAGGGUGUUUGGCUUCCCUGUCCACUAUACCGACGUCUCCAACAUGAGCCGCUUGGCGAGGCAGAGACUGCUGGGCCGGUCGUGGAGCGUGCCCGUCAUCCGCCACCUCUUCGCUCCGCUGAAGGAAUAUUUUGCUUGUGUGUAAGGGACGUGAGGGCAAACCGAGGUAGUGAAACAAGGUUUAAACAAACAAACAAAAAACACAAAACACAACAAAAUACCAAGAACAUGAGGAUGGAGAGAAGUAUCAGCACCCAGAAGAGGAAAAGGAAUUUAAAACAAAACAAAAAAACCCCACAGAGGCAGAAAUACCGGAAGGCUUUGCCUUGUAAAAAGGGUUGGACAUCAUCUCCUGAUUCUUCAAUGUUAAUCCUCAGUCCUAUUUAAAACAAAACCAAGCUCCCUCCCCACCCUCCCACCCCCUUUUUUUCGGUCAAACCUUUUGUUUUCUACUCUUUUCAGAGGGGUUUUCUGUUUGUUUGGGUUUUUGUUUCUUGCUGUGACUGAAACAAGAGGGUUUAUUGCAGCAAAAAAAAAAAAUCAGUAACAAAAUAUAGUAACAUACCUUGCAGAGGAAAGAUGGGAGUGAAGGAAAUUCUAUAGAAAUCUAUAUAUUGGGGUUUUUUUUGUUUUUUUUUUUGUUUUUGUUUUGUUUUUUUUACUAUGUAUCUUUUUUUUUGUUGUUGUCUCUAGCCUGAUCAGAUAGGAGCACAAGCAGAGGACAGAAAAUAGACACUCAGGCGGCAGAGUUCCCUCCCAGCCACUGAGCUGUCUUGCCAGCACCAUUCCUGGUCAUGCAAAACACAACCCAACUAGCAGCAGAGAGACGAGAACACCACACAAGACCCUUUUAUACAGUAUUCAGGUGCCUACCACACAGGAAACCUUGAAGAAAAUCAGUUUCUAGAAGCCGCUGUUACCUCUUGUUUACAGUUUAUAUAUAUAUGAUAGAUAUGAGAUAUAUAUAUAAAAGGUACUGUUAACUACUGUACAACCCGACUUCAUAAUGGUGCUUUACAACAGCGAGAUGAGUAAAAACAUCAGCUUCCACGUUGCCUUAUGUGCAAAGGGUUUUAACCAAGGAUGGAGAAAGGGAGACAGCUUGGAGGUGAACCGUUAACCGUGGUGGGGUUUUUCAAUUUCCCCUUGGUGUUUAACAAGGUGAAGGAGGAGAAUUUGGGAACAGCAUUCUCCCGUUUCUCCCUGCCAAAAAAGGGGGUGAAAUUCAGUGGUCGGGACCGUGGAAAGCUGAGAGUGGGAUCCAUCCAGGCUCCUGAGAUAACCUUUUGAUUUUUUUAGAAAAGGAGACUCCCUCGGCAAGAUGGCAGGAUGAGGGGUCUUCAUUCCCAAUUUCUCACAUUAGCCGAUUCGAGGGCUCCUUGCGGUGGGGUCAGAAAAAAUCCAGAGUGCGGGCAAGUGACAGUUCAGACCCCACCUGGAGCAAAUAAAAAAACAUACAAAACGUACUGGUGCUUUCCUGUCUAAGUCGCUUUUUGUGUGUUCUUUUAUGAGGCCCCCACCAUCCACCCUCUGUGCACAAGGCGGCUUCCGGCCCCUGGAAUGUGAUGUUUUUGGUCAUCUCCAAAGGCUGCAGUUUUAUACUGGGAGGCUGAUGACACCUUUUGUUAUAAUUAUUCUUAUGGUUCUGGUUAUAAUUAUGUUUGUUUUCAGAUUUUCUUUAAGAAAACAAAAACCCAACCCCCCCUCCCUCUAGGUUUCAAACCAAGGUGCGGGGAGCAGGGUGCUUCUAAGUCAGUGGUGGCCCUGGUGCCCUGGCUCCCCACCCCUCGGGCCAGGUGGGCCACCGGGCGCUGCGACAGCUGGGCGUCGGCCAGGGGGUCCCCGAGGCCGGCCUUCCGGGCGCGUCCCUCUUCUCUUCUGCUUCCCUCCUCUCGAGUCACGUGUGUCAGGGCUGGAGGGAGGACCAGGCAUCUCUCUCCUCGCGUGUGUGAUUGGAGUGGUGUGUAUUUCUUUUCUAGUACUUGGUCUGAUGAUAGCUGUGCUCUUACCUCGAGUCAGCAGCACCUGGAGCCCCAAGUGCACGACACUUGGUUCCGCUUCCCGGCGAGGCAGGCAGCCUGGUGUUGGCUGUAGGCAGGGACGGCAUGUGUGGCUCCAGGGUGAGGGCCCAAUGGGCAGAUGCCUGCCUGGGUAGAUGGGGUGUAGAUAAUGUGGCAUAUAGAGAUAUAUAUUUUAUAAUGGGAGGGGGGAGUGGCACCUCCUGGGACUGGCAGGGCUGGCAGGGGUGCUGCCAAGCACAUGGUCCCACGUUCGCAUCCCUAGAAAGAUAGGGCCUACGGUGAUAGGCGCUAUAUAAAUACAUAGAUAGGGUCACGUAUAAGAAAUAUUUUGUAGUGGGGAGCGGGGGAAGGAGGCUCAGAAUGCUGAGUCUCGGGCCCCACUGCAGACAGGCCCCACACCAAUCAGUCAGUCCCACACGCACACACAGGAACAUGUUUCUAUACUGAUGCGUAACGAAUGCGCGUACACACACACACACACACACACACACACACACACACACACACACACACACACACACACACACACACACACACACACACACACACACACACACCCACACACACAGCGCCAGGGAGCUCCCAGCGCUCUUCUCCCCAGGAUUCAGGACUUUGCAGAGUCGGCCCUGCAGCUCUUUACCUCUGUUGCCCUAAUUGCAGGUAGACUGUCAAUCCCAGAAGUUGCUAGGUGCUGAGGGCAGGAAAAGGAGGAGGUUUUCUUUCAGCAGGUGCUCUCCUCUAGCAGGUAGCGUUCUAUCUCUUUUGCCCCUGGUGAUGUCAAAAGACUCUUCUGUUAGCAACCUGUGACACUGACCUGCAACCCUAGGCACCAGUCCAGUCAGCCCUCAACUCCCCCUACCUAUUCUCCCCCGACCAAAACGAAACUGACGUCCAGGGCUGUCUUGGCCAGGGGGCUUCCAUUGGAAAAAAAAAUGGGACAGUGAACCUCACCUUUUGAAUAAAGCAAAUUAGUAAUUGGUGACAAAACGAAACCAGGCUUUGAAUCCCAUGCUUAUUGCUCAGGAGUAAGCCCACAGCUGGUGGCCGCGGUCUCCCGCUCCUUUUAGGGGUGCUUAGUCCCGCACCCCGGGCUACUCAUUUCCUUGUCAGAUUGGUUUUUAAGAUGAUACCCAGUUGCUUCCUGCCAGCUGUGUGCCGUGAUGCCAGGUGGUGAUGGUGGGCUCCCACGGGGCUGGAGCAGCUGUGGGGGAAGCCCUCGGCCCUUCCCUCGUUGGAGUCUGUACCGAACUGUGGUGCUCACCCCACCCCCUCCAGCCAGGCUCCAUCUUCCCGGCCCAGAGCCCACCAGCACUGCUCCGGAGGGCUGGGGGAGGAGGGCUGCCGCAGGCAGUCCAAGGUGCUCCCUCCCCUGGCGGCCAACGCUAAGGUCUUCCCAGCCCCAGUGUCAGGGCAGAGUCUGUUCCUCUGCAGACAGACUUCCUGGCUCUCCGAGGCCUUUUGUCCACUGCUUGUGUGCAGGAGUUUGCUUUUCCCAGUGGCCCAAGCCCCACCCAGGGGCUUGGUGUGGGGAAGCAGCUCGGUAGCCAAGAUGUGGUGAGCCUGAGGGCUCGGCGUGGGCCGGCCAGCUUGCUUGCUGUGGCUGAGGACCUGUUGCGCGCAGUCUGGCCACCUGACUAGGCCCCAGAAGGGGCCAGAUGCACCCUCGCAGGGACGAGCGUUAACGAUCACCAGCUUUCCUUCCAGCCACACCCGUGGGCUUGGUCCCAUAGUAGAGCUUGGUAGGGUGCAGGGGACCUUGGGGAUGUGCCAACUUGGCCACACCGGGGUGCUGUCCAACUCUGGGGGUGCUCCUGGGGGCAGUGAUCAGGUCCCCUUCUAAAGGGGACUGAGGUGAGGUCGCGCGGGGAUGCAGGUGGGGGGUCGCGGCACUCGUUGUGCGUGAGGCUCAGGGUAGAGGCAGUGCAGCGGGAGAAACCACGAAGGCCUAGGGAAAAUUCUGGAGUAUGUUCCCGGUGGGGUUUUCUUUCUGAAGAGCAGGCCAAUUUACAAAUUCCUGGAAACGAGGGUUUCUAGGGACUGAGGAUGAUGCCCCCUACUUGCUGCAGGUGCCAGAGGGACCUGUGCCUCUUGCCGGGGGGUAGGUAGCUGGGGCUCGGCAGGGCGCAGGGCCCUGGGUCGCUUGCCCGAGGAGGAAGCUCGUCUCCAGCCGGCGCCGCUGAGCCCCGUGGGCCUCAAGCUGGCUGGUGCUGCCUGCCUUUCCCGGGAGCCGACCGAGGAGCACAGGACCCGUGGGGUCUUGCAGUCAGUGAUGGCAACCCAGGUGUGCCACUGUCUGUUUUUCUUUCUAGACCCCAGAACCUUCCUGCUAUUGAACAUUCUAGAAAGCAAACUUCCCCAAAGAGCACGCAGGACUGCUUUGCUUUUGAGACGGGCCUGGGAGUGGCGGCUGGCGAAGAUGCCUGUGGGUUUUUGGUGAGUCGCUAGAGUGCAGACUGGGACAGGCAGACCCAGCAGGAAGAAAGGCUGGUGGUGGACAUCGGACUGGUCUAAUGAGGGCCGGCUCCCCUUACUUCCUGCAUAGCUGGCAAUUCUGGGGAAGCCUGAAUUGAUGGGAUGGGAAUUAGGUGGGAAUAGCCCACGGUCUCCAGCACAGGAAGGUCUGUAACAGGAGCAAGGGAAGGAACUAUUUCAGCAGAGCCACCUGGGGAAUGUUCUUAGCCUUCAUCUCGCUGAUGACAUCAUUAUACAUAAAGUGGAUCUUGGAGGCGCUUUUGAAUUCCUGUCGCUGUUCUGUUUGGGGCAGAGAGGCUGUGGCACUGGUAUUUUUCAGAGGUGUCGUUUUCAAGAAACUCGCAGGGUUAGGGCCGUGGGUCCUGCCUCGCACUGUGAUCUGAUGAGGGCUGGUCGUUGCCUGUGGUCAGGGUAGCAGCAGAGCCAAGAUGCUGGUGAGAACUGGGUUUCUAGCCAGGCCCCGUUUUGAUCGCAGGAGAUGAGGAAUCUGAAUUUGUCAUCGGGCGUGGUCUAGUCUGGCCCCUCCCAGCGCUUGUGAUUAGCGAUGACACUGGAGUUGUCCUGCCCUCUUUCCUCCACCUCUGGAGGGCUGGCGUGGAGCUGGAAUGGCUCUCCCGGCCAUUCCUUGCUGAGGCAGGGAUUAACCAUGAGUGUUUGGAGGAUCUAAGAGGAAAGAGAAUAGAUUUCCAUCCAGGAUGGACUCCACUGUUCUAGCAGAAGCUCUCGAGUCUUUACAUUUUGGUAAAGGAAGGCUGGGGUCUUCAGGAAGCGAGAGCAGCCCCUCUUGCACCGGUGUGUUCCAGAGACCCGGCUGAGUGGGCCUUGGGUUGUUUAUCCAGCUGAUCCUCAGCAGUGGAGCCUGGGGAGGGGGAGAAACAAGCAGGUCAGAAGCAGUGAGGGCAAGGAUGGAAGGUCCUUAGCUAGUCGUGGCCGGCCGAAUCGCCCGAACGGAGGCCCGCAGAUUCCUGUAACUCCAGUAACUGGAAAACGCCCCGCAGGGGCAUGGGAGGGCGGCUUUCUCAGCCUCCAGUCUCACGGCCUCCAGCCCUGGGCCUGAGGACAUGAGCAGGGAUCCGAAAGCAUCACCUGAGUCCCAUUUCACUUCACAGACUGAUCUGGUUGCACAGCCCUAGAACCCAACCAACCACAAAAAUGCCGAAAUUCCUUAGAAUACGCAGAGGGAGGAGGUGACUCAACAAGGUGCUAAAACAUUUUAUUAAAAAUAUAUAUUGUUAAAUUAAGUCUGCUGUCUGGACAAUGACUGUUUGUUUUGUUUUCUUGUAGUGGAGUUUAAAAGAGACUAUUAUUUUACUCUGAUAUAUUAUUAUUAAAAAGGCAUUUUAACUUUGUACUUGAAAACUAAAUGAGCGAUUUCAUGUGUUUUAGCUGAGGCAUUGAAGUAGCGGGUGCUUACUUAUUUGUGGGAAAUCAUGUAUUCAUACUGAAGAAUAAACUCCGUAGCUGAUUUGGUAAUAACUUUUACUGUUACAGACGAUUUCGCUUUGACCCCGGCGGGAGAGCACUUUUACUGCACAUUCCACGCAGCUAAAUGCAGGACUUAACUCCCCAGACCCUUCCCUUCCCAACCCUCUUUCCUUUCUCUUCAGUUCCUCUUCUGACUCUUUGUUGUUGUUGUUUUUUUUUUUCUCCCUGGUUCCAGCAUCCUUUCACCACUGUAUUUUUUUUAGGGUUGCUUCUCUAUUUAUUGACAAUAAUAAUGUACAUUUCACCGUCUGGUUCUGGGACAUCGGGGAGGGGCAAGUGUGAAAGGGCCCUGCACGGGUCCCCACCCCCAUGCCCUGGUGUUCUGUUGUAUCUCUGUGUAAGUGAUGCUCGUGACAUAGCUGUUAUGAAAUAAUUAUAAAGAGGUCAGUGCGUACAGCAGAUGUAGAAAGUCUGUCAGUUCCGCCUUCAUCACGUUUUUUUUUUUUUGGUUUUUUUUUUUGGUUUUUUUUUUUUUUUUUUUUUUUUGUGCCCAGAAGCAUAUAAUAAAGCUCCUUUCUAAUGUACUUGUGCUGGAGAACACUUGAAUAAAUGGACUGUUUUUGUGCAAAAAAGAAAAACGGAAAAAGCACCGUAAUAAUGUCCUUUUGUCUUGCGUCUCCUUUCCCCUGACAUGACUGUUGGCAACCUUCUUCAGAGGGGUUAAGUGCCCAAACCGGGAGGUCCUAGCACUGGGUCUAGACAGUGCAGUUCCUCCCUUUAAAAACAUCACCUGCAUGAACAUUCAAUAGGGACUGUAAACUGGGUGCAAAAAAGGGUGGUUUGGUUGACAGGAAGCUCGAAGAUAAGUUAGAGUGAGGCAAGGUUGCAGGAAGAGCAGAUUCUGUCCAAGGCUGAGCUAUAGAAAUUUUCAGACUAGAGCCGGGAGAGGAGUGGGCCUUGUGCCUGUGUCAGACAAGCUAGAGGGCUUUGGUUACGGGCACCGUUCCUCUCUGUGUGGGGUUUCUCCAAAACACAAGGGCAUCCAGAGGAGAGCAGCCGGGUGGUGGACAGUCUAGACUGUGCAAGGGACCCUGGGAGACACAGGUGUUUGGCCCCCAAAAUGGGAGAAUUUAGAGAAUGGCGCAGACAAUGACAGGGAGAGCCCAAGGGGCUGGGAUGAUUUGGGGCAGUUCCACGUGGCAGGCGGAAGUGGGGCCAGUCGGCCGAAGUCGGUCUAUUUCAGCUCAGCAUAAGAAGAUCCUUUUUCACUACUGGCCAGCAGUCCAAGGGCUGCCCUGAGUACAGUGAAGCCCUGGUCAGUUAAGAGGCGCUGGACAGCCACUGGGGCUCCUGCUGACCUUCCUUGAGACCCCAAGUCUGGGUUAUCCUGGCUGACCCACCCCUCCUCAGCACUAUCUUGCAAGUGGACGGUGCCUUGCGGUUGGAAGAGCCCGUUCACACAUGAUAUCCCCUUUGUCCUCGUGACUCUUUGCCUGGCAGUUACUAGUUCCCUGUUGUCCCAUCUAAGAGACUGAUCUGAACACAUAGAAGAACUGGGCUUUUCCCAUCACAUCUCCUCUCUAAGACCCCUGGCAUUCCAUGCUGCAUUUCCAUUUCCUAAGUGCCAAGCAGAUCCCGCCAAUGAUUUCUUGUCUUCAGGGAGGAUUAUUCAAGGUUUCUUUCCUACAGCAGAUUUCGGGGGAGGUUUAGGACUGCACCACUUUGCUGGCAGCUUUGAAAGAAAUUAUAAGGGGGAAAUUUGAGAAAAAGGGGAAAAUAACAGGCUUUUUUUUCAUGGGCACUUUUUAUUUUCUUUACAAAAUUGUAAAUGUAUAUUUAACUGUUAUCCUACUUUUUUCUCAAUAUUUUUCAAUGUUGAUGUAGAAUUCUUUUUUAAAAAAUGGCUGCAUGGCAUUUUCUUGUUGGAUGUUUGUUUCUAUAUAUAUAUAUGCAUUUUAUUUUAGCUAUAAAUAGAGCUGCAAUAAAUAUCUUUAUGUGUUGGC